AGUCUUGUGUAAAAAAAAAAACUUGGCUCAGCAUGCGAGCUCUCAGUGUUGCGACUGCCUUUUGUUUCCUUAAAAAAUAAAAAUAAAAAAGGUAGAAACUAAAGAGAAAGCAUCGUAUGGUUUAAGGUUGGGUCACCUAUUCUCUUAAACAAGAAACCAGCCGCCUUCUUGCCUCCAGUCCACCCACCAUCCUCCCAGCCCAGACGCACCAUUCCGACGAGCCUCUUUCAUCGAUUGACGCUAGCUCUCCAAUUGCACAGCUCUGGUCUCCCUUGUUCUCAUCUCACAGAUCCAGGUGCCCUUCCCAUUGUCUUUCGCUAGCAGGGACAACAACUCCAAUCACAACUCUCUCUCUCUCUCAGCCCGACUGUCGUCUUGCCUACUCAUCUAUAAUCACAUCACCGACAUUUUCCUCUAUCUGCAACCUUACAAAGUCCAGGCGAACACCCCACUCUACAGCCCCGUGACUCAUUACGACCUAGAUUUAAUUUGAGUGAGCAUCUCUAAUUUUCUUUCUGAAUCUCAGUUAUCAAUUUGGUUCCAUGGGUGCAAUUUCUUAGUGGUUUAAUUUUGAUGUUGGUCUAUUAUUUGUUGCUACAAAUUUGGGGGUUGAAGGAGUGAAUAUAGCUGCAACGUUGUGCAAUCCAAGGUUAAAUUUAUUCUUGGUAUAUCUAUUAUUUUGACAAGCAGGUGAAGUUAUUAUUGGUGGCACCUAUGGAGUAUGAAUCAUCAAUUUAGGGGUUGUCUUUGUGGUUGAAUUGCUUUGGAAUCGAUUCUGGGUCUGUUGAGUGAUGAACUAUGUUGAUAUGUAUGUUUGUUUUGAUUGUGCAAGUUAAAUUUGGAUUUAAGCUCUGAAUAUAGUAUUGAAAAUUGGUUAUUCUUCAUUGGUUGAGUUGUUGCUUGAUGAGAUUAUAUUUCAUAUGGUAAUUGAACUUUGGAAGGGGUACACUAUUACUGCUUGUGUUGAGUUUGGAAUUGACAAAUUAGUGAUUUUUGGGCUGGGUGUUGUUGCCUAUUAAGAAUAUUGCUACAAGUGAUUAAACAUUGAGAGUGGUGGGAACUUAUUGCUUUGUGGUGAGCUUUGAACAUAUAGAAUAAUUUGCAUUGGGUUGAGACAACAUGCCCUCUAAGCAUGCUUGAAAAGAUCCACCCACACCAACCACCAUCAUUUUUGACAAAUCACAAUUUCCUUCUGGAGACCUUUUUACUCAAAUAUACAACCAAAGUCCUUGGAAAAUCCUUAGUACCAAAGAGAUAUUUUAAGUUGUAUGAAGAGCAAUUCCCAGAUAUUGAAAGCAUAGUUCGUUCAAGGGGCUGGCAAUCGUAACGUAUGCUGGAUCCUAGACUUGCAGUCAUUCCUUUGGUGAAAGGAUUUUAUACUUUAGCAGGGCAACAUAAAAAAGGCAACGUUAAGAUUCGAGACAAAGUGGUGACAUUUAAUGAAAUCACAAUCAAUGGGUACUACAAGCUACCCUUUAUUACUGAUUUGCAGCAUACAUAAGCCUUUGAAUAUAUUGAUACCACAAUAUAUUAACGAAAAAUCUUGGAGAAAACUAUGAUCACGACCAACAAGACAAUUUUUCAGUUAGUUAUUUUGACCAUUGGUCACCUUACCCGCCAAAAUUCAAAAUUAGUAGCUCUUCUUUGUUAUCAGUGCAAAACAAAACGGUCACUUCCUCCAUUUUCGUACUCUUCAAAUCACAGCUUCUCUUCUUUCUCUUCUCCUAGAAGAGUUGCUAUAGCCCCAAAUGGCACUGUUUUUGAAAAGCUUCAAAGGGUUAUGUCCCUUUUCAAGCUUUGUUCCACCAUGAAAGAUUUGUACCAAAUCCAUGGACGCAUUAUUCGAGCUGGGUUUGAGCAAGACCUCUUUGUUAUGGGCAAGAUCGUUGAGUUUUGUGCGGUUGGUGAAGGCAGGGAUUUGGAUUAUGCGUUAUUGAUUUUGGAUUCGGUGGAAAACCCAGAUGGGUUUCUUUGGAACACUAUGAUUAGGGGAUUCGGUAAGACUAAUCAGCCUGAAAGAGCAUUUGAAUUGUAUAAGAAAAUGCAAGAGAAAGGAGGAAUGGUAGAUAGUUUCACAUGCGCUUUCUUGAUUAAGGUUUCUGGGCAACUGGGAUCAGAUAUUUUGAGCAAGCAGAUGCAUUGUUCUUGUCUAAAACAUGGUUUGGACUCUCAUGUCUUCGUGCGGAACACUCUCAUUCAUAUGUACGGCAUGUUUAGAGAUAUUCAAAAUGCGGUCCAACUAUUUGUUGAAAUGCCCAAUCCAGAUUUAGUUUCUUGGAACACAAUUCUUGAUAGCCAUGUCUACUGUGAAAAGCACAAGGAGGCUGUGCACCAAUUCUUGACAAUGCUCAAGAGUGGUACACAGCCUGACGAUGCUACCUUUGUUGUGAUUCUCUCAGCAUGUUCUGCAUUGGGAGCAUUGGAUUUUGGGAGGUGGGUUCAUUCUUAUGUUAAUAAAACUCGAUUCGGCGAUGUCAUCUCAGUGUCAAAUUCGCUUGUUCACAUGUAUGCAAAGUGCGGAGCGUUAGAAGAAGCUUAUGAAACAUUCAACAACAUGAAGAGGAAGAAUUUGAUAUCAUGGAACACGAUGAUUCUAGCACUUGCUACACACGGGAAUGUAGAUGAGGCACUGUCAUUAUUUUCCAAAAUGUUAGAAGUUGAGAGACCGGAUAGUGUCACUUUCUUGGGAGUUUUGUCUGCUUGUAGCCAUGGCAGGCUGGUCAGCGAAGGCAGAAGAUACUUUGAUAUUAUGAGCAGAGACUACAACAUUGAACCAUCCAUAAAACACUACGGAUGUAUGGUUGAUAUCUUGGGGCGAGCUGGGUUGUUGGAGGAGGCCUACCAAUCCAUUACGAGUAUGCCAAUGGAAUGCAAUGCAAUCAUAUGGAGAACUCUUCUGGCAGCUUGUCAAAUUCAUGGCGACAUGAAGCUUGGAGAGGAGGGCAGUGGAACGAAGUUAUCGGUGUAAGAAAUUCUAUGAAAGAACGCCAAGUUCAGAAACCAGAGCCUGGGAAUAGCUUUAUUGGAGAUUCAUCUUCAGACCAGAUUUAAUAUGAAAUUAACUGAAGACUGUUCUCUAAGUAUACUGCAUAGACAGACCAGACCAAGUCCGUUUGUUCAUUUCUUUGUAUCAAUUUUACUGAAGCAUGUAUUGAAUAUUUCAUGUAGUUCAACCAGGUAAAGAUACUUUAUAAUUUUUGGA